AUGGAUGUGGACGCAAAGUGCAGCAACAAUACCUCUCCCUCUGUGUGCUCUGAAGAGUCAUCCGGUCCACUUGCUGUCAUUAUCAUCCCCUCUCUGUUGGCUCUGAGCACAGUUUUAGUGGUGGCUCUGAUUUUAUGCAGCCUCUAUAAGAACAAACAAAGAAGACAGAGGACCGCAGCUCAUUGUGCAAAUGGCCAGCGGAGUGUAUCCCUGACUGCAGAUUCUGUAAGCGCUCAAAAGGUCCAGGCAGCUUUGUAUCCCUGGGAAGUCCCUGAAGAGUGUGUUCUUGAGGGACUACAGUUUUGGCAGACAGGUCGCUAUGGCCCUAUUUGUAAAGGUUUGCUGAAGAAGAGAGAUGGUGCCUCCUCUGCUGUGGUGGUCAAGACCCUCCGAGAUGGCCCCAACCAGCCUGAAGCUAAGGAGUUUGUGCAGUGGGUCCUCUUCCAUGCCACAGUGUGUAAACAUGAGAAUGUGGUGCAGAUGUUGUACUGUCAGACCAAGCGUCCACCUAUGUACCUGAUCUUGGAUGGCUACAACCCAGGGAACCUCCUUCACUUCCUCUGGACGCUCAGAAAUACAAAUUCAAGCACUGCAGAUCCAUUACAGAGCUUCUCUGAGAGGUCAGUGUUUCUGGUGGCAAAGCAGGUUGCGGCCGGUCUGGAUUACCUGAUGUCAGAGCACAGGCUGGUGCAUGGCAAUGUUGCUGCCAGGAACAUCUUAAUUGGCCCGGGUCUCUCAGCCCGAGUGUGUGGGCUGGGUGUGGCAUUUAGAGGACGCAAAAUGGAUUCAGCAAUUAGGAAGAGAGCAACAGAGGUGCCUCUGAAAUGGCAAGCUCCAGAGAGGAUUAUGAUGCAGCUCAGUAUCGACAGGAGCGACGUGUGGUCAUUUGGAAUCUUACUGUAUGAGCUGAUUACUCUAGGCUCUCCUCCAUAUCCUGAACUGGAGCCUCCGUCAGUGUUUCAAAAGCUACAGGCAUCUUAUCGAAUGAAGAGACCAAAGAACUGUGGGGGACCUUUGUACGACCUGAUGAAGUACUGUUGGAUGUGGAGUUUCAAAGACCGACCGGCAUUUUCAGCUGUCAUAAAGCUGUUGGAGUCAUCACUUGACCUCGCUGCUACUAAACCUGUUUGUGUUCCAGAGGUCAUCGAUGUGCUUGAGUAUAACAGACAGGCUGGGCUGCUCUCAUCGAGUCAUGCAAUAACCUAA